CACUUUUCCUCCGUGGCACUUCUGCUAAACACCCGCUGACGCACAGCUGUUUCAGGAGGGGCAUUUAACUUUCUUUCAUCAGUAGUCAUUCCUAUCAAAGGCACCGAAAGAGGAACUUCUGCAAGCUGGACGUCUUGCUUUACCCCCCUUUACAUCGGUGCAACUAGCAGGGGGAAAAAACAAGCGAUUAUGGUGUAGAUUCUUUAAAGUUAAACCGAGUUAAGUCAAUGCAACGUAAGGAUUAGUAUAUAUCGCCUGGUUUAGAGCUGACCCUUUCUCCUAUCAUGUGUGCGGUGCGUCUUUGUUACUCGUGGUCUUGCAGAGCGCUCUGGACGAUUUUUAUUAUCCUGGCGGCAGCGCCUUGUCUGCUGCGCUGCUCUGAGAGACCUGCGUUAGUUGUUGGAAAAAUGUAUCCAAGGGGCAAUCACUGGGCUGUAGGUCAUUUAAUGGGAAAGAAGAGCAUUACGAGUCUGCCUGGACAGCAGCAGGAAAACCUUGACUACCUCAUGCUUUCACAGUCGGACAAGAUCUUUGAUCAGGACCAAACUGUGAAGGAAAUGUCAGCAGAGAAGCAAAAGCAAACAGUGCUGCGAAAGCUGCUCCACAACAACAGGAGAGAAGACAACAGAGGAAAACACCUCCGAGAGGUGUUGGACCUCCUAAUUCUGACUUUGAGACAGCAAGACAGCGAAUCCUCCUGAAGGCAAGACAAACCCGGCUGCAGACGCAGCCUCUGACGUCUACUCAACCUGCUCUGUAAUCACAUAUUUACAAUGUAUAAGCUCUGUGCUGUAGAAAAAGACACUAGAGACACAAAACCAAUGUUGUUUUUGGUGAAUUAGCAUUUUUACUUGCACAAAAUAAAAAGGUUUCAACCGCC